GACUUGAAUUUACCAGCCCAAAAAACUCCAAGAGGGACGUCCUCUUUCGUGGCCGGGGACGGGAACGCAUCUUGGGGGCGUCACCGGCUCCCUCGAGGUCCUGAGAGAAAAAUCUGCGGGUACAGGAAGCUCCUUUGCAGGAGCGUGCCACGGCCUCCCGCGCUCACUCUGGCGGGUUUCGUCCUUCGUGUCCGCGGGACCUGCUUCUCGCCGAGGGCUAGUGAGGGAAGCCGCAAACCCUCCUGUAGACACCGGGGCCAGCCCGUUAGCUAGGAGCUCAGCAGGCGUCCGGCAGCCCGAGCCGCGCCCCGGAGCUGGGGUGGGGGAGGGGCGCCGGCGCUCGUGCUGCGUCGAGUUUCCCAGAAUUCCCAGCGGCCGCGGGGAAAGUUUACGGGACGUAGGCGGCGGCGGCGGCGGCGGCGGCAGCCGUAGCGGUUAUUAGGCGGCCUGCAGCGGACCAUGGCCCUGCGCGGGCGUCUCUGGCCUCUCUUCUCUGAGUUCUCGGGCAGCGUCGCGGAGCGGGCAGACUUCCGGGAAGGAGCUGACAAGAGAUUGAGCGGUGGCCGGCGCGCUUAGCGCCCCGAACAUGCGGCAGUCCCUGUGGGCGACCCCGGGCUGCGGAGAGGCGGCGGCGGCGGCGGCGGCGGCGGCGGCGGCGGCGGCGGCGGCUCGGGAGGGAAGGAGGCGGCGGCGCCGGCGGAGGUGGCGGCGGGGACGCCCGGCGCCCGGCGCGGAGCCCUAGGGCGGCUGCUUGGUGUGGCCUGGGGCCUCGUGGACAAGGAUGCUGUCCCGAAAAAAAACCAAAAACGAAGUGUCCAAGCCGGCCGAGGUGCAGGGGAAGUACGUGAAGAAGGAGACGUCGCCUCUGCUGCGGAAUCUCAUGCCUUCAUUUAUCCGGCAUGGUCCAACAAUUCCAAGACGAACUGAUAUCUGUCUUCCAGAUUCAAGCUCUAAUGCCUUUGCAGCUUCUGGAGAUGGAAUAGUUUCAAGAAACCAUAGUUUCCUUAGAACUCCAAUUCAAAGAACACCUCAUGAAAUAAUGAGAAGAGAAAGCAACAGAUUAUCUGCACCUUCUUACCUUGCCAGGAGUCUAGCAGAUGUCCCUAGAGAAUAUGGCUCUUCUCAGUCAUUUUUAACAGAAGUUAAUUUUGCUGUUGAAAAUGGAGACUCUGGUUCCCGAUAUUAUUAUUCAGAUAAUUAUUUUGAUGGUCAGAGGAGGCACCCACUUGGAGAUCGAGCACACGAAGACUAUAGAUAUUAUGAAUACAACCAUGAUAUCUUCCAAAGAAUGCCACAGAAUCAGGGGAGGCAUGCUUCAGGUAUUGGGAGAGUUGCUGCUACAUCUUUAGGAAAUUUAACUAACCAUGGUUCUGAAGAUUUACCCCUUCCUCCUGGCUGGUCUGUGGACUGGACAAUGAGAGGGAGGAAAUAUUACAUAGAUCACAACACAAAUACAACUCAUUGGAGCCAUCCUCUUGAGCGAGAAGGACUUCCUCCAGGAUGGGAGCGAGUUGAGUCAUCAGAAUUUGGAACCUAUUAUGUAGAUCACACAAAUAAAAAGGCGCAAUAUAGGCAUCCCUGUGCUCCGAGUGUACCUCGGUAUGAUCAACCUCCUCCUGUCACAUACCAGCCACAGCAAACUGAAAGAAAUCAGUCCCUUCUGGUACCUGCAAAUCCUUAUCAUACUGCAGAAAUUCCUGAUUGGCUUCAGGUUUAUGCUCGAGCCCCUGUGAAAUAUGACCACAUUCUGAAGUGGGAACUCUUCCAGCUGGCUGACCUGGAUACAUACCAGGGAAUGCUGAAGCUGCUUUUCAUGAAAGAACUGGAACAGAUUGUUAAAAUGUAUGAAGCCUACAGACAGGCUCUUCUCACGGAGUUGGAAAAUCGCAAGCAGAGACAGCAGUGGUAUGCCCAGCAACAUGGCAAGAAUUUUUAAGUUAAUUUUUUAAAAAUAAAAUUUAAGUUUUAUAAGGGCUUUAAAAUACUUUCACAGAUUAAAAAAAACCUGCAAACAAGUACUUUGGUUAAUAAAGGCAGCUUACUUUUUUGGAAAUUAUAAAAUUCUAAUUUUACAUGUAUUUUGUUAUUAAAAAUAUUCUUUUAUUGAGAAAAAAAUGAGUUUAUCAUUUUAAGAGCCAACAUGGCAAACACUUCUAAAUGCUGUAUAUUUGGAAACUGCUUUGAAUAUUCUCGAUGGAGACAAAUGCAACAAGAAAUGUCAUUUAACCAGAUAUUAAAUAGGAAAUGAUCAGUUGUUAAACUCUCACAGUAGCAGUACCUUUCUUCAAAAAACAGAGAAUGAGAGAGAUAACCUAUGCAGUAUUUAAAAAAAUACGUUUACUGCUUUAGUGUGGAAUAUUGUCUGGAAUUGGAUGGUUUAAAUAUUACCAUUGUAUAGAGCAAAACAUAAAAUGGGAUUUGGGACCUUUAUUGUGAUAAAUUUUUAUAUGUAAUGUAUGGAGUCACCCCCCCCCCCGCACACGAAUGUAAAGACCCCUUUUAAAACAUGUUGAGAAAGUAUUUUUUGGUAUGAAAGGGUGAAGGGUCUAUAAUGUUUCAGGAAUAAAUUUAGGUAUAAGGCCUUAGCCUGUGUGGGAAAAGUGUGUACAGCACUCAAGAGUUGCUAACAUUACAGUACUUCCUUACUUUGGACUAGGGCUUUUAUGGCAUUUAGUAACAUGGUGCUGAUGAGACAGUGGAGGCUUUUCAACAGCAUAGCACGUUGCCAUCCCAACAGACUGGGUUGAACUGCCAAAAAUGACAAUCAGGGACUCAUUAAGAAAUCUUGGUCAUUAAAUUGAUGCUACAUAUCUUUUAUCUUCUAAGAGUUUGUCACAGAACUUUAAAACCCAGUAUUUCUCUCCCAGUUUUUUUUCCUUUGGUUUAAUAGUUAUUAAGACAUUGUUCAUAAUUAGCACAGUACGUUUGAUUGCAGGCAAAUUUAUGGCAUGUCUAGCCAAAAAUCUCUAGAAUUCUGUGAAUUUCAAAACUUGUUGAAAUAGCUCUUCAGUUAUAUUUACAUGUGUUGUAAAUAUGUAAAUAAAUUUUUAGUUUACGUAAUCUUCCAAAAUAUAAAGCACUCCCAGAUAGAUAUCAGUGAAUCUGAAUUAUUGAUAAAAUGUUGAAAAUGUUAAAUGUUUGAUUUUAUAUAACAAGCUUAUUAAAUAUAUUUUUGUGGAAACUAAA